GGAAAGAAGCUGAUAUUGGACAGUCGGUAUCAACUAAAGUUGUUAUGCAACUUAUGGAACCUUAUUUGGACGAGGGAAGAUGUCUUUUCAUAGAUAAUUGGUAUAUCAGUAUCGAUUUAGCUGAAAAAUUGCUUGAUAGAAAAACUCGUGUAGUAGGAACAUUACGAGCAAAUCGUAAAAGAAAUCCAACAGAAGUAAUCAAAAAAAAAUUAGUUCGAGGAGGUGUUGUUGCAAGACGAAAUAGACGUGGCAUAAUGGUACUUAAAUGGAAAGACCGCCGAGAUGUUUUAAUGUUGUCCACAAAACAUGAUAAUUCAAUGAUAAGUUUUAAUCGAAGAAGAACAACGAUUGAAAAACCUCGUGUUGUUGCUGAUUACAAUAAAGGGAAAGGAUAUAUUGAUAUGACGGACCAAAUGGGAUCGUAUCAUACCUGUCUUAGAAAAUCUAUCAAAUGGUAUAGAAAGCUGAUAUUCGAUAUUAUUUGUAAUACGUCUAUGGUCAACGCUCUUUCAAUUUACACAAGUGUAACAGGACGAAAAAUGGCACUUGUUGAUUUUAGAGAAGCUGUGAUUUUAGGAUUGUUGCAAAAUAAAACUGCACUAGACAGAACAGAAAAUGAAGAAAAACAUACUUUGGAAAAAACAUCUAAAAUCGGAAGAUGCAAACGAUGCUACGAAAAUAUAUCGAAAACAAAAGGAACGAAAGAAGCCAGAAAAACAGCUAAACGAAUGAAAACGAUAUGUAGAAGAAUACAUUCAAUUCAGAUGUCUAAAAUUAGUCAAAAUUAA